AUGACGAAAUAUAUUUCAGUCAACAAGUACAUGACAGAAGUCAAAGAAGAACUAGACCCAUUCAUAUAUUUGAAUGUUUACUUCUACCAUUUUGAAAAGUCUACAUUUGACAAAGUUUGGAACAUCGAACCUGUUAAGUUUGCUAUUGUGACUAAAAAUGGUGCGAAAUUUGAAGACUUAGACAUAGAAGGUUUGUUAGCAGUCAAAGAAAAUUUUGACAGAAGGUUCUCAAACCUUAAAGAAGGCAAAGCAUACAAACUUGUUAUACCUUAUGAACCAAAGAAAGCAGACGACUAUGAAUAUUAUGAGUCUAAGAUA